AGUACAAGAGUUCUAUAAACCACGAUUCUCUGAUUAGAGAGCAACUAAUUGUCCUCAUUUAGUUCAGGAUCUGCAUCAGCGAAAUGUCGAGUUUGCUCAAUACUGUUCUGAUUCUAGCAACUUUCAUAACCUUUUCCAACGCUCAGUGUACUACGGGUUCAAGAUUUGCAUGCGCAAAUUGUUCCACCGUUAGCGUUUGCUCGUACGGAGGCAUCCAAGUUGAUGCGUUCCGCUGUGACUCGGUUAACGCAAGUCUUCCCUUCUGCUCCGGCAACACAGGAGUCUGCAAAAGUGCCCCCGAAGGAAGUUGCAUCCAACCAAGUGAACUAUGUCCGCGUGCUUCGGAUACCUUUCCAAAUCCCUCCAACUGCUUGCAGUACAGCCGCUGUGAUGCCCAGAAGCAAGCCCAAACAAUCCGCUGCUCACCGAGCAGUUACGUGUACGACCACUCCACCAGAUCUUGCAAGCUGCGUCAGACCAGCAACGACUGCUUCCAGGUCAACUGCGCCCUGGCAAGCAAUCUGAACCGCUGGACAUCCUAUCGGCCUGCCCCAAAACUCGCAUUCUACUGCUCCAUCGCCGUAGGCCCUAUGACCUUCGAAUGCUCCACCGGCGAAAACCAAGUCUUCGACGUCGUCAGCCGGUCGUGCGUCUUUGGCUGCCCCAGUGAAGGUCGCUUCCCGGUUCCGGAUGACGGCACCAAGUACUACCAGUGUGCUCGUGGGGUGUACGGUGUGCUUGUGGCGCAGAAAGUCUCAUGUUCAGCGGGUUUGGUGUUUGAUCCGAGUUUGGCUAAUUGUACCGUGGCGGCAUCAACAACAACAGAACCGGCGACAACUUUGGUGACCACCGGAUCUACAACUGCUGUCGAUACAACAGAACUAACAACAAGUCCUGCGGAAACAACGACUUCUUCAACAGCUACUGAAACGUCCACUUCUAAUUGAACAGCAUCCUUAACCACUUACACUUGAUGCUUCAAAAGAUUAUUGAAAUUUCUAUUCAUACUUUAACCAAAAACGAAGUCUCAGAGAAUUGUUGUGCAGCAGUAUCGAACCGACCCAAAUUUCCAUGUAACAAAUUUCACUGUUUUUUCGUGAAUACAGUCGUGCCACCGCAUAUGGGGGAUGCAAAACCGAGGCGUGCAUAACUGAGGCACAGAGCUUUUUUGUGCUAUUGCUUUCGAAAUGUAUCAAAAAAUCCUGAUUAUUUGAUCCCCAUAUUGUAACCAAACUGAAAUUUUGGAUAUUUUUGCGAAAAUACGUAGUCUUGUGAAAAUUUCGAGUAUUUUCAAAAACUGGUGUUAUUACUUUCGUAACGUAUCAACAAUCCCGAUCAUUUGAAACACAUAUUGUAAACACUGAAAUUUUGAAUAUUUUUCGAAAAUAUGUAGUUUUUCGAAAAUUAUGUGUAUUUUUUAAAAAUUGUUAUAGUUCCGAAAUGUAUGAAAAAAAUCUGAUCAUAUGAUACCCAUAUUUUAAAAACUAAAAUCUGGAGUAUUUUUUCAAAAAUACUUAGUUUUGUGAAAAUUCUGAGUAUUUUCAAAAAAAUAUAUUUCUUUCGAAAUGUAUGGAAAAAUCCCAAUCAAUUGAUACCCAUAUUGUAAAAAACUGAAAUUUUGAGUACUUUUUUCAAAAAUACGUAGUUUUAUGAAAAUUUUGACUGUUUUCAAAAAAAACUAUAAUUUUCGAAAUGUAUAAACAAAUUGUAAUCAUCUGAUACCCAUAUUGUAAAAAAAAGAGAUUUUAAAUAUUUUUUUUCAAAAAUACGUAGAUUUGUGAAAAUUUUUAGUAUUUUAAAAACUUUUUUAUUACAUUUGAAAAGUAUGAAAAAUCCCAAUCAUUUGAUACCCAUAUAGCAAAAACAAUACCUUUUAGAUAUUUUUUUAGAGAAACAUUGCAUUUUCAAAAUACAGUAGUUGUUCGGUAACUGGGCUUUGUUUAACUGGGCGCUCGAUAGCUGGGCCGUAGUCCAGUUAAAAAGCAGACAAACGUCAAAAACCAAAACAAACUGAACGGCCCGAGCGGUUUAGGCUUUCAGGAUUUUUGUGAUAUUUACUUGUAGAGUCAAAACAGAUCAGUAAACUUCACUUAUCUGUAUAUUACACUUUUUAAAGAUUACAUUUUUGCGGUAACACUUUCAACUUUUACGCGCACGAUCACAUCACUCAACUUUUUGUUGCUAAUUUCAUUAAGACCUUCGUCGAGCCAAUGCUCUACGUUGAAGCCAGACUUGUCCUCCAGACCUCUUCGCCGAACCAUGCCAGACCCGAACUCCUAAGUCCCGGGUGGACUCUUCACGGCGGCUAAGUCCCGGCGGACUGCGGCCUCCACCGCUAAGUCCGGCUGGACUGGGGCCUCUGCUACUGGUGGCUGAUGGCGGGUCCGGCUGGUCUGGGGCUUCUUCAGGAUCUGGAACUGGACUGGGCUUGAACUGGCUGGAACUGACUGGAACUAACUGCCCUCCUCAAGAAUUUUGGGGUUUUUAUAGUCAGUCCCCGAAAACUCUACUAAAUUUUGUUCUACUAAAAGUGGUCCGUUUCGAUGAGAAGCAUCGAUGAACCUCAUGAAUUAAAUUAUGCAGACCUCUGCAAUUCUUCAUGACUUUCCGUAUGGUGUAGUGAGUACACAUCAAAAUCGGAAGUCAUGGGUUCGAACCAUUGUCGUGAAACUUUAAAUUAUGUUAUUGGAAUAUCAAAAUUAUGUUCCUAAAACAUUCUCAAAAAUGUUGGUCAAUAAUGAGAAGGUCGAAUUCUCCAUUGAACAAACAUGCCAAUGAAUUUGGUUAAGCCACACCCUCAAUUUCCCCUGUGUAAUAACAUCGCACAUUCAUAAUUGAAAGCUUAACCAUUUUUUUGAUUGCCUAACAAUUGGCGAAAUUUAAUAAAGGGCUUUUCAGGUGAGGAUGACUCAUGAUCCACACCUGUACAUAAGCUUAAUUAUUUGUCGCGCAACGCGAGUCGACGGGUAAAAUUAUUUAUGCUUGCGUAAGCGCGCAUGGUCAGAACUGUGGUGAGGAUCGAUAAAUGGACAAAUUUAAUGAUUUAAAUUUGAGGUCGCUGCAUUCCCCCACACUUACCAGCUAGAUGUUUGUAUUCUUGAAAAGCAUUAAGAACAUCUAUCGAAAGUUAUUUGUAUGUUGGAAGAAUAUUCCCAAAAUUAAUAAUUUGAUUUGUGAAAAAAAUACUUUGCAAAAAAUCAUAAAAAUAUAUAAAAGGCUGUCUAUAAAAAACUGAUUUAAAAAAACAUUGGGUCGGUUAAUCUCCCCCACACUUAUCAGCUAGAUGAUCGUCUGAAAGAAAUGAUCAUCUAUGGAAAGAAUAUUGUCGGGUGUAGUGAUCGUGCGGUUUACAAUUUGUUCUUCUUGUGCUUUCUUGUAAAUUGCUUUAUAAUUAUAAUUGCUCUUUUGAUUUUUCUACUGUAAAAUUAUUUUCAUUACUCUUUUGAUCUUCUCUCCUGUUGAAUUACUUGAAUUACUGUUUUGAACUUCUCUUGUAAAAAUAUUUUCGUUGAAACUGAUUUAAAUAAACUUGCAUUUGAAAUUAAUUUUCAUUAUCUCUCCUUAAAAAAAAAAUCAUUGCAUUUUUCCCACUGUAAGCAAAAUCUGUUGUAGAACUGUGUUGAUUGGCUGGUUGUUAUCGUUGUCGUCUUCCAUCAAAAAUCGUCUUUAUCGUGAGGCUAUUCAUUCCGCAGUGACUUGGUCAUUUGGUCAGUUUUCGAGGCUAAGGCGUUGAAUUUCGCCGAUUAGUGCAAUUGUCGUUUCCAUCAUGAAUUAUGCUUCAUAACUCAACUGUGAGUUGACUGUGGUCAAUUUUGAGAGUGCAUUGACUUUUCACUUGCUGAGCAUUGUGAAUUGUUCGUAAAUCCAGUAUUGUUGUCCAAAAUUGACUUUUCCAGUUGCUUUGUGUCUUUGACAAUCUCAAAUUAUUGAUAUCGGUUGAUGUAAUUAUUUUUCCAAAUGUUUAGGAAAUGUUGUUUGUCCAAAAUUGUCUUUUCGUGUAAUUUGCAACUUUGGCUUUUGUAAAUUAAUGACAUCGGAUUAUGUUAUCAUUUGUUCAUCAUGAACUUCUCCUUUUCAAUAGUUUCAGACGUGCAGUAUGAUCUCAACUUGCAUUUUUGUUGCAUAAUUGAUGUUUCGCAUUUCAAUCAUCUUUGCUUCGCUUAAUUCCACAUUUCGAUUGGUAAUUUGUUUUACGUGAGUGUCUCGUUACUAGAAUUGUGUCAUAAUUCGACUUGAUCCUCAUUGAUAUGACCUUUUACAACAACAUCAACACCGUUACCUGUCCAACCUCCCGCAUGACUUUGCCACUCACCAUCUUGCCAUCACAAACUUCUGCAUACGAACGCGUAGAACCUCUCAGCAUACGAACGCGUCGAUCAUCCUUGUGUUUCGUCUCCCGUCUCUGCCAUAUUUUACUUCAGUUUCUACUUUUGUUUCUCCCACAAAAAUGUCUUACUUGUUUUCUUCGCAUGAACAAUAUUUUAUAAUUUUCAGGAAUGUAUCAUUUACUUUCUGUGCAAAAUUGAGAUUCAAAUUUACUUACAAUCUUAUAAAUCUUGUUGAUAUUUUUAUAUGAAAUCAGUUCUAUUAUUUUCAAUACUAAAAAAAAAUCAGUUCUAAUUGACUAUUAUUUUUAUACUUGAAUAAAAAAAAAUUACUCUAUAAAGUUUUUCAUUGAUCUAUACAUCCUAUCAUCUUGUCAUUGCAAUACUGCGUAUGUUAAAAUAUCCAUUCUGUUCUUCCAACUUUUUUAUGAAAUCUGUACAUCACUUUGUGUUUUCAAAUUUGUCAAACCCAUUAAAUUAAUUUGUUUAUUUUAGCAAUUUGCAAUAAAUGCUGAAUUUGCAAGAUAAUUAGUUGGUUCAAUUAUCACUCUAAUGAUAACGAUCUGAUUUUUUUCCUCUGAAUUUUAUCAGUUUAAAGGUGUUUUUCCCUUGAAGCAUUAUUUUAUCCCUUGAUUUUCCCUUGAAGCGUUAUUUAUCCAUUCCCUUUAAUUUUCAUUUGACUAUCCCCGUAUAGUGCAAAUGUUUUGAAAUGUUUUUAACAUAUUGAAUCCCCCCCCAUGGAUUACAACUGUUUGAAGCUUUAUUCGACAUAAAACUCUCCCCAUAGAGUACAAUUGUCUACUUUUUUAAUCCCUUUGGCGUUGCUUUAUCAGUUUAUGUAUCCCUAGAUCGGAACUUAUACCGUUCCUUCCGAUCUUUUUAGAUUCCCCACGAUGUACUCACAAAUUUUACCCUUUCUUGAGCUGUAGUCCAUAUUCGUCUUUGCAAGCGUCCUUGCUGAUAUUGUUGUCUUCUUGAUUGUUUUCCAAUGGUUUCCUGUAAAUCCUUCGUAUAAGCGUAUGACAUUCUGAAAAUAUAUUCUUAAUAUUUUGUUAAGUAAAUUAUAAAACACAUGUUUACAUUCAACAUUCAUUCUGGGGUGCACCUCCCUUGUCCAAUUAUUCUCACACACAUUCUUACUUGCAUACAUGUUGUUUUGAAACAUUUAAUAAUCACACCAUCUUCAUUUGCCUGUCGUUCAAAUUUCAUUAUUGUUCAGUCCGUUUGAUUUGUUUUUAUUUGUAGUUAAAAAUUGCGUCAUUGUUUUUCUAAUACCCUGUUAACCCAUUUUAGCUCAAUUAAGUAUAUUCCCAAAAUUGCAACCCAACAGCUUCUUAAUUGUUUUAACGUGUUUCAUCACUGCUUCAUUAUUAUGUUUAUAUUUGAUCAUAAUCGCUUCACGUGUCAAAAAAAAAAAAUUUGUAUAAACUCAGUACUGGUAUUUUUCUUAAUCUGUUUCUUGUUUAAAUCCCAUCAAUUUUAUCAUUUGUAAAACAUCUUUCAUCACAAUUCAUAACAUUCUUGUUUGCGCAUUUCUUUUUUUUUUUAAAUGAUCAUUCAUAUUUUGUUUAACUCAACAUUCAUUUAUCAUAUCAAAUCAAUCAUAUAUUCUUUUUUCAUGUUUAUUUUUCUAUAUAAAAAAUCGGUAUUUAUAACACCUUUGUUUGAUUCAUUUAGUUCUCUUGAUAACAAUCGUUUUUUUCUAAUUCAUCAAUCAUAUCAGUUCAAUAAGUUUAUUAUUAUUAUUAUUAUUUUUUUAAUGUACAUAAAUAAUCCCGCGUGUUCAAAUAAAUAUUUUCAUUCAUUGCAGUCUUUAGAUAUUGAUCGUUUAUGAUACUAUGUCAUUCAUUGCAUAACUCGCUUAUUUUUUUUUUUACUUUAUUUUAAUGGUACUGUAAUUGUCAAAAAUAUUUGUCUUGUAUUGGAGCAUUUAAUUUUAAAUUAUGUUAAUUGUAUAUUGUUAAAAAUAUGUUAAAUGUAUUUUAAUACGGGUACAUUCUGAACUAUCAUUUAGUGAUAUGUUAAUCAUUAUAUUUUCUUAGUCUAUUAUUAUGUACAUCUUCAAAUUUGUUUCCAUUUUUAAUAGUGGUCGUUUGAUCGCUGUUGAAUUUAACGAUAUCAUAAGGGCCUCGCCACUUAUUUUGUAACUUUUGACCAAUUCCUGUUUAUACCAUUUGUACCAAAACUCUAUCUCCCCACAUUGGUACCCAAUCAUUUGUCUUUUUGUCAUAAAUUUCCUUUCUCUUUUCUUUUGACAAUAUUAAGUUGUUUCUAGCAGUUUCAUGAGCCUCCUUGAAUAUAUCUUUCAUUGAACAAAUAUAGUCGUCAUAAUUUAAAUCUGAAUCAUUGAUUUUAUAAAUUGUGCUUGGUAUAGUAGCUUUUCUUCCAUACAAAAGUUCAUAGGGAGAAUAUCCAGUUGAUGAAUUUUCUGUAGUAUUGUAUUCAAACAUAAAAUAUGGUAUCAUUUCAUCCCAACAUUGUGGAUCUUUGCCAAUAAAAUUUCGUAAAUAAAUUUUUAACUCUCUAUUUGAUCUCUCAACUAAAUUAGCUUGAGGAUGAUAUGCACUUGUGACGAUCUUUUUAAUGUGUAAUAUUUUGCAUGUAUGUUGCAAUAAUUUGCUUACAAAGUUUGUACCUCGAUCGGUUACAACUUCUUUAGGAGCACCAAAUUUACAAACAAAGUUUUCGACAAAAGUUCUAGCAACAGUAGUACUUUCUUGGUUUUCCAUGGGAGCUACAAUCAAAAAUCUUGUCAAAUUAUCUUGUAUCACAAGACCACAAUUGUUUCCAUUAUUAGAAAUUGGUAACAUAACCACAUCCAUAUAAAUUUUAUCAAAGGGUUCAUACGAUGUUGUCGUAAUUUUCAUUGGCAUCUUAUUUGCUGGCCAUAUUUUAUUCUUUUGACAAGAAUCACAUUGCUUUACAUAAUUCAAAACAUCUCUUCGCAUAUUUUCCCAUGUAAAAAGAGGACUCAUUCUUUUAAUCAUUCGUUUACCUCCGACAUGACCACCCAACGGUGCGUCGUGAAAAUCUUUAAGCACUUGAUCUCUGUCUUCUGGCUUUACAUAAAUUCGUUCAUUUUCUGUAGCAUAUAGUGUAAAUGACUUUGAAAGUUUCAUUGCAAAAAAUCGUAAUAAGUUUAGUUCCAACUCUGUUUUAAAUAUUCUAUGAGAAAUAAUUUGUAUAACUGAUGCAUCUUUAGCAAAAUCAGGAUAAUCUUUAAAGCUUUUAAAUAAACCAUCGAAAAAUUCUUCAUUUUUAACUGCUGAACGAUAUGUUCCAUUCAAAAUUAAACCCCAAAUUUUCUUUUGCGGGAAUACAAAUAUAUUUUCAUUGGUGUAAUCCUUAAUACCAUGUGGAAGGUCAAUGUAUUUACUCAAUUCUUUGUGUACCGUAACACUGUUUAAUAUCAUAAAUGUAGCUUCGGCUUGUUCAAAUGGUAUAAUAUUUUUAGAAAAUUUUAAAACGGUAAAAUCGAUAUCUGUAUCUUGGAAAUCCUUGUAGGUAAAUGUUUUAUCGUUGCUAUCAUCGUCAUUAUCUAAAUUUAUGUCAAUUUGUUGAAGUCCAUUCAUAUUAUUAUUCCAAUUAGUAUUGUUUCUAGAUGAAUUCUGUCUGUUUGGAGUAUUUGUAGAGUUUUGAUUAUCUGACAUAUUUUGUCUAUUUUGUUUUGCUUGUUGACGAGUUGUAAUUGCUACUAAUUUUGAUGCUUGUUUAUCAUCUGCAUGAUCUUCAUCAUUAUAUAAACGUGAGAGAAAAUCUGCAACCACAUUUUCCUUUCCUUGCUUGUAACGAAUUUCACAUCCAAUGCCUUGGAUUUUCAAACGAAGCUUUGUCAACGUUGGUGAAGUUUCCUUCAAAUGCCAUAGAGCUACCAACGGCCUAUGAUCUGUGUAAACGAUAAAAUCUUGGUUAUAAAUAAAAUGUUUGAAGUGGUCUACUGCCCAAACAAUAGCAAGUAGUUCCUUCUCAAUAGUAAAAUAGUUUCUUUCAGCCCCGAUAAGCGCACGACUUGCGUAAGCGAUGGGGUGAUCAUUUGACUUCUCAUUAGUAAGAACUGCUCCGAUAGCAUAAUCGCUAGCAUCAGUUGUCAAAACAAAUUUGUCAUUGUAGUUCGGUCUAACUAAAACUGGUUCUGAAAUUAAAUAGUUUUUUAAUUCUUCAAAAGCAUUUUCACAUUCUUCUGUCCAAAUAAAUUUCACAUUUUUCUUUAAUAAUGCAUUAAGUGGCUUACGUUUAUCUGCAAUGUUUGGAAUAAAUUUUCCAUAAAAAUUAACA